AUGGCGUGUGAGCAGAGAAAGAUCAAAGUUUUCAUGUUCCCAUGGCUAGCACAUGGACACAUCUCACCUUUCCUAGAGCUAGCCAUGACACUUUCAAGCAGAAACUUCAUGGUAUACUUGUGUUCAACAGUGGUGAAUCUUAGUUGCAUUAACAGAAGACUCACAGAGAAGGAUGCAAAUUCCAUACAACUAGUGGAACUCCAUGUUCCGACCUUGCCUGGUCUUCCUCCAAAUUGCCACACAACCAAGAACCUCCCACCCCAUCUCAUGCCUACCCUCAAAAAGGCCUUUGAUUGGUCAAGCCACAACUUCUCCAAAAUGCUAAAAACCCUAAAACCAGACCUCCUUAUCUAUGAUACUAUUCAACCAUGGGCCCCAAUUAUCGCUUCCAAGCAUGAUAUCCCGGCUGUGGUUUUCAUAAGCACCAGCGCUACAAUGACUUCCUACAUGUUUGAUCGCUAUCACAAUCCAGGUACGGACUUUCCUUUUCCAGAGAUAUAUCUUAAUGAUUAUGAGGAUGAUAAGUUCAUUCAUUUGAUUCAAUCUUCUGAAAAUUUCUAUAAAAAGAAAAACCGCUUCUUCGAAACCCUCAAAGAAUCAUCGAGCAUAAUUUUGAUCAAGAGUUCAAGAGAGAUUGAAGGAAAAUACAUUGAUCACCUCUCCCUUUUAGCUGAAAAGAAAAUUGUACCGGUUGGUCCACUUGUCCAAGCCUCUGUCAAUGACGACGAGCACUUGCACAUCACCGACUGGCUCGAAACCCUUAAAGAAUCAGCGAGCAUAAUUUUGAUCAAGAGUUCAAGAGAGAUUGAAGGAAAAUACAUUGAUCACCUCUCCCUUUUAGCUGAAAAGAAAAUUGUACCGGUUGGUCCACUUGUCCAAGCCUCUGUCAAUGACGACGAGCACUUGCACAUCACCGACUGGCUCAACAAGAAGGACCGAGGCUCGACCGUGUUUGUUUCCUUUGGAAGUGAGUAUUUUCUCACCAAGGUAGAGAUGGAAGAGAUGGCUCAUGGGUUGGAACUUAGCAAUGUCAAUUUCAUAUGGGUUGUUAGGUUUCCAGUGGGACAAAAAACUAGGGUUGAGGAGGCACUUCCAAAAGGGUUUCUUGAGAGGGUAGGGGGGAGAGGAUUGAUCAUCCAAGGGUGGGCCCCACAAGUAAAAAUUUUGGAGAAUCCAAACGUUGGUGGCUUUGUGAGCCACUGUGGGUGGAGCUCUGUAAUGGAGGCGAUCAAGUUUGGAGUCCCUAUAAUAUCUGUGCCUAUGCACCUUGAUCAGCCAAUCAAUGCUAGGCUGUUGAGUGAAAUUGGUGUUGGUGUGGAGAUCAUGAGAGAUGAGAAUGGGAAGAUUUUAAGAGAAGACGUGGCUAAAGUGAUCAAACAGGUUGUGAUGGAGAAAAGUGGUGAGACUGUGAAGAAGAAAGAGAGAGAAUUGAGUGAUGAAAUAAGGAUGAGAGAGGAGGAGGUGGUGGAUGGGGUGGUGGAGGAGUUGGUGGAGCUUUGUAAGAAGAGGAAGAAGAGGCAAUUGAAUGGUCUGUCUGCUAUAGUUGCAUAA